AAUUACAUAUAGUUAACGGGUAGGGCUUUAGGACCUAGGUGUGCUCCGCAAGGCGGAGUAUUCUAAAAUGUUUGGUCUGAGUGGUUACAUGAGCUGAAUCCCUGUGCAAUCUGCAGUUUGGCCAUACCGAAGACGUACUGUUCCAGCCAUGGCUACCAAUCCAUUACUUCUCAUGCGACUGAUGGCUUCGGCCUACGCAGUGGCGGAGAAGUCCGGAGCCAUCGCAAGGAGGGUGAUGCAGAGCGGAGACCUGGGCAUAGUUGAAAAGACAGGUGCCAACGACUUGCAGACUGCAGCUGAUAGACUCGUCCAAAAGAGCAUCUGCGCUUCACUGUCCCGCAGCUUCCCAAAGCUCACCAUCAUUGGAGAAGAGGACCUGCCGGCAGAGACAGUAGAGGAGGACCUGAUAGAGACCAAACAAGCUGAGGAGGUCCUGCUGAAGCCAUGCCCUCCGGAGUACAGCAGCCUGAAAGAAGAGGAGCUUGUCGUGUGGGUUGAUCCACUGGAUGGCACCAAGGAAUACACAGAAGCUGCGAGUUUACUGUACAGCAUCCCUCACAGACAGAAGGUCCACUCAGGCGCCGAGCUUCAGCUGUUGGCCACCGCACUCCGGCUCCUUGACCAUGUGACAGUGUUGAUUGGAAUUUCUUAUGGUGGCAGAGCCAUAGCAGGAGUCAUCAACCAGCCCUUCUACAACUACCAGCUGGGCUCAGGGGCAGUCUUGGGCAGGACCAUGUGGGGGGUCCUGGGCCUGGGAGCUUUUGGCUUCCAGCUACAGGAAGUACCGGACAACCAGCGCAUCGUCACUACCACGCGUUCCCACAGCAACAAGUUGGUGACGGACUGUGUUCAGGCCAUGGAGCCGCACAAAGUCAUCAAAGUAGGAGGGGCAGGAAACAAGAUUGUCCAGCUAGUGGAGGGGAAGGCCUCUGCCUACGUGUUUGCCAGCCUAGGCACUAAAAAGUGGGAUACCUGUGGACCUGAAGCCAUCCUGCAUGCAGUGGGUGGCAAACUAACUGACAUGCAUGGAAAUGCAUACUGCUACGAUGCUAAUGUCAAACACAUGAACUCAGCUGGUGUACUGGCCACUCUGCGGAAUCACGACUACUACCUCAGUAGAGUGCCACAGUCUGUAAAACAGGCACUGUCUUAAGAUGAAAGCAUUCUGGGACAUGUAGUUUUAAACUCUUAUCAUGUGCCUUCUUGGUUAGGAAUAAAGCUACUACCACCUUAAAUGUAAUAAAACGCUACCUUCUGUCAGAUCUUGAUAUAUGCUGCACCUUGAUAUCAACAGUGAUUCUACAGUACAUGAAACAUCUGGUGCAAUUGUUGCCAAGUGAUAAUGUUGCUACUAAUGAUGUUCCAUGAAUUCCACCCAUGUUUGUCAUGGCUCGUGUUUUGUAUGUCAUUAAAGGACCAAAUUUAUAUUCCAUUUAUAAA